AUGGCCGCUGUUUUGGAUGAGGUUGGAAAAUCAGAAAAGAAAAUACAAAGCGUGGCACCCGAUGACGAUGUAAAAGUCGAAAACGAUGUGGGUGAUACUUUGAAAAAGAAAAAUCGAUCCGGUGAUGGAGUACCCGAUGAGCCUAACGUAGACGUGAAUGGAAUUUCAAAAGACCUUGAAAAUGUCACAGUUAGUAAUAACAAAGAAGUUGAAAAUUCAAAUAAAAAUGAAAUUGAUGAUAAUGCUCAGGGUAAAACUACUGCAGAAGGUGAAGAAGUAGUUAAAAAGAAAAAAAAGAAAAAUAAAUCUAAAAAUAAAUCAUCUGGAGGAACUGGUAGUUCUGGAACUGGAAUCAAAUGUCAAACUGACCCUCCUAGUAUUCCUAUAUCUGAAUUGUACCCUUCAGGCGUUUAUCCGAUUGGAGAAGAAUUAGAAUAUCCUUUGCCUAAAGAUAGUAGAACGGCUAAAGAUAGAUUUACAAGCGAAGAAAAAAGAACAUUGGACAGGCUUCAUAAUGAUAUAUACAAUGAAGUUAGACAUGCUGCUGAAGCACACAGACAAACUCGAAAACACAUGUUGAAAUUUAUCAAGCCUGGAAUGACAAUGAUUGAAAUAUGCGAAGAAUUAGAAAACACAGCACGUAAAUUAAUAGGAGAAGAUGGUUUAAAAGCAGGUCUUGCUUUUCCUACAGGUUGUUCUAGAAAUCAUUGUGCUGCUCAUUACACACCGAAUGCUGGAGAUCCAACAGUUUUGCUAUAUGAUGAUGUAACUAAAAUAGAUUUUGGAACUCACAUCAAUGGAAGAAUUAUCGAUUGCGCUUUUACAUUAACUUUUAAUCCGAAAUAUGAUAAUUUAUUGGCAGCUGUUAAAGAUGCUACUAAUACGGGUAUUAAGGCCGCUGGAAUUGAUGUUAAACUAUGUGAAAUCGGUGAGCAAAUACAAGAAGUUAUGGAAUCAUACGAAGUUGAAAUCGAUGGUAAAACCUAUCAAGUUAAAUCCAUCAGAAAUUUAAAUGGACAUUCUAUUUCACCAUACAGGAUUCACGCUGGAAAAACGGUACCGAUAGUUAAAGGAGGUGAAGCCAUACCCAUGGAAGAAAAUGAAUUUUAUGCAAUCGAAACAUUCGGGUCAACCGGAAGAGGUCAAGUGUGUGAUGACAUGGAUGUUUCUCAUUACAUGAAAAAUUUCGAUCAGGCUCAUGUACCAUUAAGGCUCAACACUUCGAAAGCACUUUUAAAUAGUAUUAAUAAAAACUUUGGAACUCUCGCCUUUUGUAAACGUUGGUUGGACAGAUUAGGAUUGACUAAAUAUCAAAUGGCAUUAAAACAUUUGUGCGAUAAGGGAAUCGUCGAUCCUUAUCCUCCAUUAUGCGAUGUAAAAGGAAGUUACACGGCACAAUACGAGCAUACAAUCAUGUUACGUCCGACAUGUAAAGAAGUCGUCAGUCGCGGUGACGAUUAUUAA